AUGAUGUAUACCAAAUACCUCACGACCCUGAUGAGACAGGAGCUCAUGGAUUGGCGGGCUCGCGGGCUGAAAUUAUCAGGCGUUUUCGGCGACUACCUUUGGUCUCUCGGCUUUCAGCUAUAUUCUAUGUCCAAAGGAGUUUCACGUGUAUCUGGGUUAUCCUUUCGCGCACCAUUCUAUGCACAGCCGUUUGUUGCCGACUUUAUCAGCAAAGCAAUGAAACCCAGGUCGUCGAUCUAA